UGUCGUGCGAACCAGGCAAAGUCUUCAGUCUGGAGACACUGGACUGCCAGCCGUGUGGCUGGAAUCAGACCAGGUCAGCCGGAGACCCCUUCUGCUACGUGUGCCCUUACCAGAACUACUCAGAUACACACUGCGACAAUUCCAGCGAGGUCUAUGCUUUGACGAAGACUGCAGGAACAUCAAUGUAACACUUUCACCCUCUCAUGUGUGUGUGCCAGACUGCAACGAUCUCAGCAAUUGUAGUCGUUACAUCACUCGACUGGCGGUUACAAUUUUCCACUCACGGACAUUUUCUCCGUCCAUCGACUCUCUGGGAAUCCUGCGCAGUACAGUGGACAUCCUUCUGGAGACCCUGCCGGUCUUACCCUCAGCCUUGCACAUAAUAUCUGGGUCAAAUUCGUCCGAACCUCUUCCUUUCCAUUUUGAGCCACCAUUCCGCCCGAGAGUUCAAGCUGUGGAAUACAAAAAGCGUGUGGUGAGACUGGUGGUCAACCUCAAGGCACCGCCGGCAGAAGCCGGGAAUAGCACCAUGCCCCUCCCAUGGGGAGAGAUCGCACAAAGGAUGGGGCUGAUAGCCACAGAGAAAUUUCAACAACUUCCUGGAUUUCUAAUGGCAGAGUUUUUCUAUAUGGGGGAAAAUACUUUCGACAAGAACUCUUUCCUUGAGUUCCACUCAGUUGUGGUUUUCACCAUAGAUGUUGACAUGGGCAUCCUAAACUCUCUAGGCAGAAUCAUGGUGACAUCACACGCCCAAUGGGGUGGCAGUUUUGAAGAGUAUCCCUUCAUAGGACCAAUGAAGGUCCUUGUGGAUAUUGAUGAUGGUGAAGAAGUGGACUGGUGUUCUGUGUUAACCGCUCUUGGUAAGCAACGGUGUAAUGACAGUGCCAUGAACUGUACACAGGACAAUGUUUUUGACAAGUGUGGAGAAGAUACUGUCUCUUGGAAGACAACAUUGUUCCUAAGGUUUGAGAUAGACAAAGACUUUAAUGCCAGUGACAGCUGGGCUGUGGAGGUGGCUGUGAGAGCCAACAUUUCGGUACAUCUUGUAUCUUUGUACUCGGAGUACCACAUUGCCGUCGUCCAUGUGCUACCAGGGAGCACUGUGGUCAUCAUUCGGGUGGAUACAGACUCUGACUGGGUGCAGCAUCUGCUAGAGAGAUACAUCUACAAGUCGUUCCUGGAGCAGCCAGGUUCAAUCUCAGUGGAUGACACAGUGUACUCGGUUGUGUCUGUGAAGUUGUAUGAAGAUGAAAACGAUGCCGUAAUGGACCAGGGAGCAUUGAAACUGCACACUGUUUGCGACAUGGGUUAUGAAUGUCCAAAAGGUUCCAGGUGUGUGGCUACUGACUCUCAUCCCAAAUGUGAAGCCCCAUGUGACUAUGGAGAGUUCCGUGAGAGGGAUGCAGGCUGUGAGAUGUGUCCUAACGGAACUACGACACUGGUCCCAGAAGCAAUAUCCCACCACAUGUGUGUCCGCAACUGUUCUUCGGGCCAGGUGUUGAGUCUGGAAACUUUAGAGUGUCAAGACUGCCCAGAUGGUUUCUACCCAGACUCUUAUCCUUCUGUGUGCUAUGUCAACUCCACGCUACCUGUUGAGAAUCGCAGGAUGGACAUCCACAUGACAGUAACACUUGUGACCAACAGAUGUGAUGAAGAGAACACAAACUUCAGCAAAGCCAAUGUCACUCUUGGGCUCAAGGACAUGGCCAGAGGAGUGAUCUCUGCAAGAUUUUACAUGGCAUACUAUUUGCCAAGAACUAUAUACCUUGGUCUGUGUGAGCCAGAGUGUGUGAACAUUCUCUCUGGCCCUCUGAAUGAGAAGGAAGUGUGUGUCCCAGACUGUGGAGGGACUACCCCCUGUGACCGUUUCCUGAGCAAAGUCAGUGUACAAGUCUACAAUGCCUGGGAGCUGGCACAGUCACUGACGACAUCAGGACAUAACCGUAGCAGUGUUGAUGUUCUUUUGGAACACUUUUAUGACCUAACCUCAAUAUUGAUUGAACCUGGAAAUAAUGAAUUUGGCGUGCAUUUUGAAUUUCCUAUCAAACCUGAGGUGACAUUUGUUGACUACAAGGCGCGGCUGGUGUUCUUCAGCGUGGUCCUGGACAAACCUUUCAGUGAUAUCCGGCAUCAGUGGAGUGACACAGCCUUCAAACUUGGAGAAAGAAUGGGCGAGCUGGCUGCAGAAGAGUUUGGAGAUUUGGGCUAUCUUUAUGGAAAACUAGAUCAGAUCAGUGACCAUUAUGAUAAAAACAGCGGGGAGACCUACAUCAUGGUGAAUUCUACAGGCGUAUUUAAGAAUUCUGUGAACAAGACUAUGCUUGAAACCAUAGCGCUAAGAAUGCUAAGGGCUCAUAUCUCCUGGGAUGGCCAGUUUGGAGAGUUCCAGUUCAGAGGCGGACUUGGCCUUUUCCGGACAGCAGAGGAUCGUUGGAAUGGAGUGCAAGCUGUCAGUUGGUGUGAUGUCGUGGAGAGUGUGGGCGUGCCACAUCAUUGUGGGAAGGAGUUCAACUGUACAGAGAAGACCGUGUUCAGGAAUUGUAGCGGAGCUUGGAAAACCUCAUUGUUCCUGAGGUUUGAGAUAGACAAAGACUUUGAUGCCAGUGACAGCUGGGCUGUGGAGGUGGCUGUGAGAGCCAACAUUUCGGAGAAUCUUGAAUCAUUAAACUCGGAGUACAAUGUUGCGGUCACCCAUGUUCUACCAGGGAGCACUGUGGUCAUCAUUCGGGUGGAUGCAGAUGUUGACUGGGUGCAGUAUCUGCUAGAGAGAUACAUCUACAAGUCGUUUCUGGAGCAGCCAGGUUCUAUCUCAGUGAAUGACACAGUGUACUUGGUUAUGUCUGUGAAGAUGUAUGAAGAUGAAAAUGAUGCUGUGAUGGACCAGGGAGCAUUGAAACUGCUCAGUGUUUGCUACAUGGGUAACAUAUGUCCAGAAGGUUCCAGGUGUGUGGCUACUGACUCUCAUCCAAAAUGUGAAGUGCCAUGUGACUAUGGAGAGUUCCGUGAGAGGGAUGCAGGCUGUGAGAUGUGUCCUAACGGAACCACGACACUGGUCCAAGAAGCAAUAUCCCGACACAUGUGUGUCCGCAACUGUUCAUUGGGCCAGGUGUUGAGUCUGGAAACUUUAGAGUGUCAAGACUGCCCAGAUGGUUUCUACCCAGACUCUGAUCCUCCUGUGUGCUAUGUCAACUCCACGCUACCUGUUGAAAAUCGCAGGAUGGACAUCCACAUGACAGUAACACUUGUGAUCAACAGAUGUGAUGAAGAAAACACUUACUUCAGCAAAGCCAAUAUCACUCAUGGGCUCAAGGACAUUGCCAGAGGAAUGAUCGCUGCAAGAUUUUACAAGUACCAGGAUUUGUCAAGAACUAUAUACCUUGGUCUGUGUGAGCCAGAGUGUGUGAACAUUCUCUCUGGCCCUCUGAAUGAGAAGGAAGUGUGUGUCCCAGACUGUGGAGGGACUACCCCCUGUGACCGUUUCCUGAGCAAAGUCAGUGUACAAGUCUACAAUGCCUGGGAGCUGGCACAGUCACAGACAGCAUCAAGACAUAACCGUAGCAGUGUUGAUGUUCUACUGGAACACUUUUAUGACCUGACUCCACUUUACGAAAUUUCCUACUCUGAGCCAGAAUUUGACGGAUUUGACGUGCAUUUUGAAUUUCCCAUCAAACCUGAGGUGACAUUCGUUGACUACGAGGCGCGGCUGGUGUUCUUCAGUGUGGUCCUGGACAAACCUUUCAGUGAUAUCCGGUAUCAGUGGAGUGACACAGCCAUCAAACUUGGAGAAAGAAUGGGCGAGCUGGCUGCAGAUCAAUUUGGAGAUUUGGGCUAUCUUUAUGGAAAACUAGAUCAGAUCAGCGAUCAUUACGAUGAAAACACUGGGGAGACUUACAUCAUGGUGAAUUCUAUGGGCGUAUUUAAGAAUUCCUUUAACAAGACUAUGCUUGAAGCCGUGGCAGCAAGAAUGCUAAGAGCUCAUAUCUCCUGGGAUGGCCAAUUUGGAGAAUUCCUGUUCAGAGGCAGACUUGGCCUUUUCCGGACAGCAGAGGAUCGACAGAGAGGAGUGCAAGCGGUCAGUUGGUGUGAUGUCGUGGAGAGUGUGGGUGUGCCACGUCAUUGUGGGAAAGAGUUCACCUGUACAGAGAAAACCGUGUUCAGGAAUUGUAGCGGAGCUUGGAAAACCUCAUUGUUCCUGAGGUUUGAGAUAGACAAAGACUUUGAUGCCAGUGACAGCUGGGCUGUGGAGGUGGCUGUGAGAGCCAACAUUUCGGAGAAUCUUGAAUCAUUAAACUCGGAGUACAAUGUUGCGGUCACCCAUGUUCUACCAGGGAGCACUGUGGUCAUCAUUCGGGUGGAUGCAGAUGUUGACUGGGUGCAGUAUCUGCUAGAGAGAUACAUCUACAAGUCGUUUCUGGAGCAGCCAGGUUCUAUCUCAGUGGAUGACACAGUGUACUCGGUUAUGUCUGUGAAGAUGUAUGAAGAUGAAAACGAUGCUGUGAUGGACCAGGGAGCAUUGAAACUGCUCAGUGUUUGCUACAUGGGUAACAUAUGUCCAGAAGGUUCCAGGUGUGUGGCUACUGACUCUCAUCCAAAAUGUGAAGUGCCAUGUGACUAUGGAGAGUUCCGUGAGAGGGAUGCAGGCUGUGAGAUGUGUCCUAACGGAACCACGACACUGGUCCAAGAAGCAAUAUCCCGACACAUGUGUGUCCGCAACUGUUCAUUGGGCCAGGUGUUGAGUCUGGAAACUUUAGAGUGUCAAGACUGCCCAGAUGGUUUCUACCCAGACUCUGAUCCUCCUGUGUGCUAUGUCAACUCCACGCUACCUGUUGAAAAUCGCAGGAUGGACAUCCACAUGACAGUAACACUUGUGAUCAACAGAUGUGAUGAAGAAAACACUUACUUCAGCAAAGCCAAUAUCACUCAUGGGCUCAAGGACAUUGCCAGAGGAAUGAUCGCUGCAAGAUUUUACAAGUACCAGGAUUUGUCAAGAACUAUAUACCUUGGUCUGUGUGAGCCAGAGUGUGUGAACAUUCUCUCUGGCCCUCUGAAUGAGAAGGAAGUGUGUGUCCCAGACUGUGGAGGGACUACCCCCUGUGACCGUUUCCUGAGCAAAGUCAGUGUACAAGUCUACAAUGCCUGGGAGCUGGCACAGCCAUUGAUGACAUCAGGACAUAACCGUAGCAGUGUUGAUGUCCUUCUGGAACACUUUUAUGACCUGACUCCACUUUACAAAAUGUCCUACUCUGAGCCAGAAUAUGACGGAUUUGACGUGCAUUUUGAAUUUCCCAUCAAACCUGAGGUGACAUUCGUUGACUACGAGGCGCGGCUGGUGUUCUUCAGUGUGGUCCUGGACAAACCUUUCAGUGAUAUCCGGUAUCAGUGGAGUGACACAGCCAUCAAACUUGGAGAAAGAAUGGGCGAGCUGGCUGCAGAUCAAUUUGGAGAUUUGGGCUAUCUUUAUGGAAAACUAGAUCAGAUCAGCGAUCAUUACGAUGAAAACACUGGGGAGACUUACAUCAUGGUGAAUUCUAUGGGCGUAUUUAAGAAUUCCUUUAACAAGACUAUGCUUGAAGCCGUGGCAUCAAGAAUGCUAAGAGCUCAUAUCUCCUGGGAUGGCCAGUUUGGAGAAUUCCUGUUCAGAGGCAGACUUGGCCUUUUCCGGACAGCAGAGGAUCGACAGAGAGGAGUGCAAGCGGUCAGUUGGUGUGAUGUCGUGGAGAGUGUGGGUGUGCCAGGUCAUUGUGGGAAAGAGUUCACCUGUACAGAGAAGACCGUGUUCAGGAAUUGUAGUGGAGCUUGGAAAACCUCAUUGUUCCUGAGGUUUGAGAUAGACAAAGACUUUGAUGCCAGUGACAGCUGGGCUGUAGAGGUGGCUGUGAGAGCCAACAUUUCGGAGCAUCUUGUAUCUUUGUACUCGGAGUACCACGUUGCGGUCGUCCAUGUGCUACCAGGGAGCACUGUGAUCAUCAUUCGGGUGGAUACAGACUCUGACUGGGUGCAGCAUCUGCUAGAGAGAUACAUCUACAGGUUGUUCCUGGAGCAGCCAGGUUCUAUCUCAGUGGAUGACACUGUGUACUCGGUUGUGUCUGUGAAGAUGUAUGAAGAUGAAAAUGAUGCUGUGAUGGACCAGGGAGCAUUGAAACUGCACACUGUUUGCAACUUGGGUUAUGAAUGUCCGCAAGGUUCCAGAUGUGUGGCUACUGACUCUCAUCCCAAAUGUGAAGUGCCAUGUGACUAUGGAGAGUUCCGUGAGAGGGAUGGAGGCUGUGAGAUGUGUCCUAACGGAACCACAACACUGGUCCCAGAAGCAAUAUCGCGACACAUGUGUGUCCGCAACUGUUCAUCAGGCCAGGUGUUGAGUUUGGAAACUUUAGAGUGUCAAGUCUGCCCGGAUGGUUUCUACCCAGAAUCUGUUCCUCCUGUGUGCUAUGUCAAUUCCACGCUACCUGUUGAGAAUCGCAGGAUGGACAUCCACAUGACAGUAACACUUGUGACCAACAGAUGUGAUGAAGAAAACACAAACUUCAGCAAAGCCAAUGUCACUCUUGGGCUCAAGGAUAUUGCGAGAGGAUUGAUCUUUGCAAGAUUUUACACUGCAUAUGAUUUGUCAAGAAAUGUAUACCUUGGUCUGUGUGAGCCAGAGUGUGUGAACAUUCUCUCUGGCCCUCUGAAUGAGAAGGAAGUGUGUGUCCCAGACUGUGGAGGGACUACCCCCUGUGACCGUUUCCUGAGCAAAGUCAGUGUACAAGUCUACAAUGCCUGGGAGCUGGCACAGUCGCUGACAGCAUCAAGACAUAACCGUAGCAGUGUUGAUGUUCUACUGGAACACUUUUAUGACCUGACCCCACUCUACAAAAUUGCCUACUCUGAGCCCGAAUACGACGGAUUUGACGUGCAUUUUGAAUUUCCCAUCAAACCUGAGGUGACAUUUGUUGACUACAAGGCGCGGCUGGUGUUCUUCAGCGUGGUCCUGAACAAAAAUUUCAGUGAUAUCUGGUAUCAGUGGAGUGACACAGCCAUCAAACUUGGAGAAAGAAUGGGCGAGCUGGCUGCAGAUGAAUUUGGAGAUUUGGGCUAUCUUUAUGGAAAGUUAGACCAGAUCAGCGCUCAUUAUGAUGAAAACACUGGGGAGACCUACAUUAUGGUGAAUUCUAUGGGCGUAUUUAAGAACUCUUUGAACAAGACUAUGCUUGAAUCCAUGGCAGCAAGAAUGCUAAGAGCUCAUAUCUCCUGGGAUGGCCAAUUUGGAGAAUUCCAGUUCAGAGGCAGACUUGGCCUUUUCCGGACAGCAGAGGAUCGACAAAAAGGAGUGCAAGCGGUCAGUUGGUGUGAUGUCGUGGAGACUGUGAGUGUGCCAGGUCAUUGUGGGAAAGAGUUCACCUGUACAGAGAAGACCGUGUUCAAGAAUUGUAGCGGAGCUUGGAAAACCUCAAUGUUCCUGAGGUUUGAGAUAGACAAAGACUUUGAUGCCAGUGACAGCUGGGCUGUAGAGGUGGCUGUGAGAGCCAACGUUUCGGAGCUUCUUGAAUCUUUGAACUCAGAGUACCACGUUGCGGUUAUCCAUGUGCUACCAGGGAGCACUGUGGUCAUCAUUCGGGUGGAUACAGACGCUGACUGGGUGCAGUAUCUGCUAGAGAGAUAUAUCUAUGAGUCGUUCCUGAAGCAGCCAGGUUCUAUCUCAGUGGAUGACACAGCGUACUCGGUUGUGUCUGUGAAGAUGUAUGAAAAUGAAAACGAUGCUGUGAUGGACCAGGGAGCAUUGGAACUACACAGUAUUUGCUACAUGGGUUUUGAAUGUCCAGAAGGUUCCAGGUGUGUGGCUACUAACUCUAUUCCCAUAUGUGAAGUCCCAUGUGACUAUGGAGAGUUCCGUGAGAGGGAUGCAGGCUGUGAGAUGUGUCCUAACGGAACCACGACACUGGUCCCAGAAGCAAUAUCCCAACACAUGUGUGUCCGCAACUGUUCAUCGGCCCAGGUGUUGAGUCUGGAAACUUUAGAGUGUCAAGAUUGCCCGGAUGGUUUCUACCCAGACUCUGAUCCUCCUGUGUGCUAUGUCAACUCCACGCUACCUGUGGAGAAUCGCAGGAUGGACAUCCACCUGACAGUAACACUUGUGACCAACAGAUGUGAUGAAGAAAACACAAACUUCAGCAAAGCCAAUGUCACUCGUGGGCUCAAGGACAUGGCCAGAGGACUGAUCUCUGCAAGAUUUUACACAGCACAGGAUUUGUCAAGAACUGUGUACCUUGGUCUGUGUGAGCCAGAGUGUGUGAACAUUCUCUCUGGCCCUCUGAAUGAGAAGGAAGUGUGUGUCCCAGACUGUGGAGGGACUACCCCCUGUGACCGUUUCCUGAGCAAAGUCAGUGUACAAGUCUACAAUGCCUGGGAGCUGGCACAGUCGCUGACAGCAUCAAGACAUAACCGUAGCAGCAUUGAUGUCCUUCUGGAACACUUUUAUGACCUGACUCCACUCUACAAAAUUGCCUACUCUGGUCCAGAAUAUGACGGAUUUGACAUUCAUUUUGAAUUUCCCAUCAAACCUGAGGUGACAUUUGUUGACUACGAGGCGCGGCUGGUGUUCUUCAGCGUGGUCCUUGACAAACCUUUCAGUGAUAUCCGGUAUCAGUGGAGUGACAGUGCCAUCAAACUGGGAGAAAGAAUGGGCGAGCUGGCUGCAGAAGUAUUUGGAGAUUUGGGCUAUCUUUAUGGAAAACUAGAUCAGAUCAGCUAUCAUUAUGAUGAAAACAGUACGGGGACCUACAUCAUGGUGAAUUCUACAGGCGUAUUUAAGAAUUCUGUGAACAAGACAGUGCUAGAAGCCAUAGCGGUAAGAAUGCUUAAGGCUCAUAUCUCCUGGAAUGGCCAAUUUGGAGAGUUCCAGUUCAGAGGCAGACUUGGCCUUUUCCAGACAGCAGAGGAUCGCUGGAAUGGAGUACAAGCGGUCAGUUGGUGUGAUGUCGUGGAAAGUGUGGGUGUGCCACGUCAUUGUGGGAAAGAGUUCACCUGUACAGAGAAGACCGUGUUCAGGAAUUGUAGUGGAGCUUGGAAAACCUCAGUGUUCCUGAGGUUUGAGAUAGACAAAGACUUUGAUGCCAGUGACAGCUGGGCUGUGGAGGUGGCUGUGAGAGCCAACGUUUCGGAGCUUCUUGAAUCUUUGAACUCGGAGUACCACGUUGCGGUCGUCCAUGUGCUACCAGGGAGCACUGUAGUCAUCAUUCGGGUGGAUACAGACGCUGACUGGGUGCAGUAUCUGCUAGAGGGAUACAUCUACAGGUUGUUUCUGGAGCAGCCAGGUUCUAUCUCAGUGGAUGACACAGCAUACUCGGUUGUGUCUUUGAAGAUGUAUGAAGAUGAAAACGAUGCCGUGAUGGACCAGGGAGCAUUGAAACUACACAGUAUUUGCUACAUGGGUUUUGAAUGUCCAGAAGGUUCCAGGUGUGUGGCAACUAACUCUCUUCCCAUAUGUGAAGUCCCAUGUGACUAUGGAGAGUUCCGUGAGAGGGACGCAGGCUGUGAGAUGUGUCCUAACGGAACCACGACACUGGUACCAGAAGCAAUAUCUCAACACAUGUGUGUCAGCAACUGUUCAUCAGGCCAGGUGUUGAGUCUGGAAACUUUAGAGUGUCAAGACUGCCCAGAUGGUUUCUACCCAGACUCUGAUCCUCCUGUGUGCUUUGUCAACUCCACGCUACCUGUUGAGAAUCGCAGGAUGGACAUCCACAUGACAGUAACAGUUGUGACCAACAGAUGUGAUGCAGAAAACACAGACUUCAGCAAAGCCAAUGUCACUCGUGGGCUCAAAGACAUGGCCAGAGGACUGAUCUCUGCAAGAUUUUAUACAGCACAGGAUUUGUCAAGAACUGUGUACCUUGGUCUGUGUGAGCCAGAGUGUGUGAACAUUCUCUCUGGCCCUCUGAAUGAGAAGGAAGUGUGUGUCCCAGACUGUGGAGGGACUACCCCCUGUGACCGUUUCCUGAGCAAAGUCAGUGUACAAGUCUACAAUGCCUGGGAGCUGGCACAGUUGCUGACAGCAUCAAGACAUAACCGUAGCAGUGUUGAUGUCCUUCUGGAACACUUUUAUGACCUGACCCCACUCUACAAAAUUGCCUACUCUGGUCCAGAAUAUGACGGAUUUGACGUGCAUUUUGAAUUUCCCAUCAAACCUGAGGUGAAAUUUGUUGACUACGAGGCGCGGCUGGUGUUCUUCAGCGUGGUCCUUGACAAACCUUUCAGUGAUAUCCGGUAUCAGUGGAGUGACAGUGCCUUCAAACUUGGAGAAAGAAUGGGCGAGCUGGCUGCAGAAGAAUUUGGAGAUUUGGGCUAUCUUUAUGGAAAACUAGAUCAGAUCAGCGAUCAUUAUGAUGAAAACAGUGGGGAGACCUACAUCAUGGUGAAUUCUACAGGCGUAUUUAAGAAUUCUGUGAACAAGACAGUGCUAGAAGCCAUAGCGGUAAGAAUGCUUAAGGCUCAUAUCUCCUGGGAUGGCCAGUUUGGAGAGUUCCAGUUCAGAGGCGGACUUGGCCUUUUCCGGACAGCAGAGGAUCGUUGGAAUGGAGUGCAAGCUGUCAGUUGGUGUGAUGUCGUGGAGAGUGUGGGCGUGCCACGCCAUUGUGGGAAAGAGUUCACCUGUACAGAGAAGACCGUGUUCAGGAAUUGUAGUGGAGAUUUGUGCCCCAUUGGACAAAACAAUGACAUUGGUGAGUGUGUCUCUUGUCCCAUUGAACAAUACACUGAUGAUGGUCAGUGUGUACCUUGCCCUGAAGGCUACACCACCCUCACAGAGAUGGCUCUCUCAGCUGAUGAAUGUAUUGUCAAGUGCAAGGCAGGGACAGGUUUCUCUUGGCUCAGUAUGAGUUGUGAGAAGUGCGUGGCUCCCCAGUACAACAACGGCUCGGACAAAGUGUGUUAUUUCUGCCCAUAUACUACCAACUUGUCAUAUGCAUGUGACAACAGCGAUCCUGUGCGCAGUGACAACACAUCAUUCCUAGACAUCUCAAUAAGUGUGAACCUCACCCUGACAUCUUGCGACAUGUUGAAAAUGAUGCCAGAUGUGAGUCCAGAGGAAGUUAUCAACGGGAUGAUGCAAUACGUAACCAGGACACUCAACGGAGGUUCAAGAGGUCUAUGCCAACCAGAGGGAGAAUGCAACAACAUCCAAACUGUCCUGGGUAAUGACUACUGUUCCGAUAUUGGUGAUCGCGUACUUGUUCCACUCAACAUUCACUUGUUCAAUGUAUGGGAAGAAGUUGUAUUACGUGAUGGAAGAAGCCAGCAUGCAGUGGAGGUGUUUUUGCAAACUUUAGCAAACAUGCCUAAGUUUGCAUAUUAUAAUCCAUCAAUGGUGGCUUAUGAACCAGUGUUUUCCUUACCUACAAUUUCGGUUGAUAUCCGUCAUUCAGUUGGAGAGGCAAGACGUCUGUGGGUCACUGUGAAUCUGAAUGUCUCGUUUGAGAAAUUCUACACCGACCUUGAAGACAGAAGGACGAGGGAGCUGAUUGAAAAUAUGGGGAGAGCGGCUACACAAAAGUUUUCCCACUUGGGUCUUAUUUAUCCAGAAUUCCAUGGCAUGGGAUCAUAUGAAGAGAAUGAUCAGUCAUAUGUCUCAUUCCACGCAAGCCUCUUUUUCUGGACCACUGUAAAUGACUCAAUAAUCCAGGGAGUAGCAUCUGAAGCUUUGAAAGCCCAUUCCAUGAACGGAGGAAGGUUUGGAGAUUCUGGAUAUUCCUUCAUCGGACCUGUUUACUUGUACCUCACUGAGGAGGACCAAAGCUCUAAGUCACCUGCAUUGGACUGGUGCAAGUUCCUGGCAAAGUGGCAGGAGGCAGCCAAUCAAGUGUGUGGUCCUCGAGAGAUGUGUAUGAAUACUGAAGGCUUCUUCAAGUGUGAACCAGUCUCACAGAACGUCACAUAUAACCUCCGUAUAGAUUUCCCUCGUCCUUUUGAUAUGAAAGAGUCUUGGAAUCUGCUGGAGAAUGCCAGGUCUCAGCUAUCUGCAUUAUUUAAAGCAGAGUCUUUGGUGGUUGACCUUGGUGCUUUGGAUACAUUGCCCGUGGCAAGUGGCACUGAAACUGGAGUGAUUGUCUCCAUCCACUUGCCGAACGAGAAGGAUACAAGAGCUGUUUAUGAAGUCCUUGUGGCCAGUAUGGUGCAGAAAUCUCUGUCUGCCAAUGACUCUUCGGGCACUUCAUAUAGAGCAAUCAGAAAAGAUCUGUUUAAUGUACAAAAGGAUGGAAAUUAUGACAAUGCUCUGAAUUAUUUCAGUCCAGUAGACAUGUAUGUGUGUUUAAUGUCAGUACCUCUGUGUGGUAGGGAUGAGAAGUGCACCUAUGGACCGGGCUCUACAUUCUCUUGCGGCAACUAUGCACAGUAUUAUCUUCGUUUUGACUUUGAGAUACCAUACUCUUCCAAAAGUUUGAAUUACACCGGGAAACUGUGGGAUCAGGCGGCCUUGGCUUUUAGUAAAGGAGGCUUUCCCUAUGGUAUAGCAGGACUUAUGGCAAAAUCUACAGUCACUGGUACAUUUGAAGGAACUACGUUCAUCCUGACUGUCUUUCUGCCGGAUAGGUCUGAUGCACCAGCUUUCAAAGAGAUAUAUGUUGACUUUGUCAUGGUGAACCCACUAAUUAGUCUUGACGGAUCAUAUGUUGUUGAGCACAAUGUGUUUGAUGGCCAUAUACUUUAUGCUGUAAGCAACAUUAACCCAUUAGAUCUGGAUGUCUGUCAAGUUUCCAGCUACCUGUGUGCCUCCGAUGAGCUGUGCACCAGUGGGUCAGGGACUUCAUACAACUGCACUCUCAACACUGAGUUGGUAACUCCAGACCCUACCAUUGUGGGACAAAGAGACCUUUACCCAUAUGGUACUGCCAACGGGGACAAACGUGUCACAGCUAAAGGCUUGUUUGAGUGGGAUUAUUGGGAUGCCAUCAGUGAGCCUAUCAAGAUUACGGGAGGAUUUCCUUUUGGUACUGAGAAAUUCACUUUUGUUCAUGUCUUACCUAGUGGUGUUAUCACAGUUGGGCGUGAGAAAUGGACAUGGUGGCCUAGUCUUGAGUGGAAUGCCCAGUUUGGCAUCUACACCAUAGCUCCUUUCUGGAGUUAUAUGGACCCACGCCUUGGCAAUGUGUUCUACCAGCUGUAUCAAGGAUCAAGUACAGUAGGAUCCAACAAAAACAGUACACUGGUAGACCAUGUCUUGAACCGAGCAUCGGAUGAGGUGGAAGAGUAUCUUGAUACCAUGAACACAUCUAUCAGCCAAAAACGUUUCUCAGCAACAUCAGUGCUGGUGGCUACAUGGGAAGAUGUUGAACCAUUUACCUGGAAGAGCUAUUACUGUGAUGAACUGGAGGAGGGCAGUGAUGAGAACAACUACUUUGAUGACGACUACUAUGAUGAAGUCAGGGCCUAUUGCAAUAACACUGAAAGAGAAAGGAACACUUUCCAGUCAGUACUGAUCACAGAUGGACUACAGACAUUUGUCUUGACUACUUACAAGUACGGCCAAAUGAAGUGGCAAUUUGAGGCUUACAGAUCGAUAGCUGUCGGUUUUGUCUCACCUACUCCUGAGUUCCGCAAAAUCAAUGAUUACUACAACACUGAAAUCACAACGGUGUUAGAUAAGCGUAUCGGAAAUACAGGACGAUACGGAACAGAGAUUGAUUUUGUGGGACUCAUGGACAAUCCAGAUGCCCUUUGUGAGCAGUGGUACCUCAAAAACAGCCAUCUGGUGAACAACGACACUUACGACCAAAUGAUCGAUGGCUUGUUUGACUGUCCCUGUACCAUGGAGCGGCUGGGACGUCAAUGGUGGUUCUUUGAGUGGCAGGAGAUACCAGACCAGCCUGGGACUUUCUUAGUCUGUGCUGCCCUCAGUCCUGUGGCUAAGUCAAGGUUGGAACGCCUGGAAGGAAACACACUCAACAGGCUUUGUUGCUACAAGGUUUCAGUUCCCAAGACUGAAGACUUUGUGUCUGAAAAUGGAACAGUAGACUGGACAGGUUUAUGGGAUGCUUGGUGGGAUGCCUAUCAGAGAGGCUCCUUCAUUCAAUACAAUGACCCAGAUGCUGGCCAUGUUUUGUUGUAUGACCCGUGGUGGUGGCAAGACUCAGUUCGAUCCUCUCGCCAAGAGGACAUGCUACCUCACAAGUGGUGCUGCAGAGAUUCUUCCAAACCUUCUAAGACAUGUGCAAUGUUCAACAAAGUGCGGCCACAGGAACAGUGCAAUCCUAACGCCACAUUUGUCUCAGGUCGUGCUCUGGGUGACCCUCACAUCAAGACUGUAGAUGGUCAAGAUUACACCAUGAAUGGACUCGGCGAAUACAUCUUGGCUCUGGUUGCUUCGGAGGAUUUCAUGCUCCAAGCCCGAACAGCACAAGCUAUUAACAAAGAUGGAAACAAGACCCGGGCUACAGUGUUUGUGGCAUUUGUGGUCAAAGAAGGCUCAGAUGCUUUAUUUCAAGUAGAGUUGAACGAUGAUCUAGACGGAAUGAUUCUCUAUGCUAAUGGAGAUGAGAUCACCACUAAGUUCUAUGGGGAGGACAGUUACUCUGAGUCAAUUCAGGAUACCCUGGGUGUUCAAAGGAGAACAAGGGAGUCUGAUGGACGUAUUUCGGUCACAGCUACUUUUCCCUCUUCCAUUUCAAUCACAGUUUAUGUGGGUAUCAGGAACUUGGAGUUUUCCAUCGAUAUACCAACAACUCUCAAAGGAGAAGUGAAAGGAUUACUUGGCAAUUUUGAUGGCAUAAAGACCAAUGAUUUUGUUCAUCCAAAUGGUACUGUGCUUCCUGAUUCCAUGGUGGACAGUGAAAGGAACAUCCUGAUGAAUUUUGCCGAGUUGUGGCGAGUCACCACAAGUAACUCUGUGUUCAUCUAUGACGAGGAAAAGAACACAAAUUAUUAUCAGAACAAGACAUUUGAACCAAUCUUCUUAGAAGAAGUUGACAGCCAGAAGCUCAAUACCAGCAGGGCUGUCUGUGGAUCAGAUUAUGCUUGUGUCUUUGAUCUGAUAGCAACAGAUGAUGAGAGCUUUGCCAAGUACUCACAAGCUACCAACUCUGAGGCGAACUCAAUACAAAACAGUCAGGCCAAUUCCCCACCCAGUAUCUCAGUACAGAACACACUGAACGCUGAUGGCCACUUGGAAGUGACUGAAGGUUCUGAGGUGACCAUUUCCUUCCAGGCCACAGACCCUGAUGGUGACCGCCUCAACUAUACUCUAGUGGAUGGACCUUUGUCUGGUGUCCAGCUAGAUCCCAGCACUGGAGAUUUAGUCUAUACUCCCAAUGUUUCACUUCCAGUGGCUAUAGGAGUGCAAGCCCAAGAUCCUAAGGGUGGUCGAUCAGUUGUCCUGUAUGUAACUCUAGAGGUAUGCACAAACUGUAGUGGUCAUGGCAGCUGUGAUCGUUCUGAUACAAGAGAUGAAGAAUUUCUUGGUGGAAAAUUCUUGAUCAACUCCUGUGCCUGCAAGCCUGCUUACAGUGGUGACAACUGUGACACACCAGUGUAUGGAUGUGCCAGUCAACCAUGCACUUCAGGACAAACGUGCGACAACCUUGACCCAGAUGAGGACCCGGACAACGAGAGACGUUACAAGUGUGGGGCUUGCCCUAAGGGCUAUGUGGCAAGCAACGCUGUCUGUGUUGAUAUCAACGAGUGCUCCAACCUGACCCACCCUGUAUGUCCAGAACACUCUACCUGUACGAACGCAGUGGGUAACUUCUCCUGUAGCUGUGAUAAAGGCUACAGGAAGGACAUUGGUGCUGUCUUCAAGUGCAAUGAUAUUGACGAAUGUGCUGAGGGGACACAUGAUUGUCAGCAGGACUGUGAUAACACUGAUGGCUCUUUCUCCUGCUCUUGUCUCAAUGGGAACAUCCUACAGGAUGAUGGACGGACUUGCAAACAAAAUUCUUCAAUAGAAGCCAUAUGCAAUGCCCAAGGCUGUAGUGAUGACUGCACUUUGGAUGAGGACCAGAAAGCUGUGUGCAGCUGCCCCAAAGGUUAUAAACUCUCCAACAAGACACACUGUGUGGACAUUGAUGAGUGCAACACAGAGAACAAGUUCUGUAAGCAGAAGUGUGCCAAUUCAGAUGGUGGAUUUUCCUGUUCCUGCUACACUGGUUACAAACUGCAGGCUGAUCAGACUUCUUGUUCUGCGUGCCAGCACCCUUACUAUGGAGAAGAUUGCAAAAGCAUAUGUGACUGUAACGGCCAUGGGACAUGUGACUCUGUGCGGGGCUGCAUCUGCUCAGAUGGUUGGAAAGGCGAAAGUUGCAGCCAGGAUGUGAACGAGUGUGCGGAGAAGGAGCAGCCAUGUCCUGACAACCAGGUGUGCUCAAACACAGUGGGUAGCUACACAUGUAGCUGUGACGAAGGGUUUGCCACAGUCAAUGGGACCUGUCUUGAUAUCAAUGAGUGCCUUGACGUAAUAGACCACUCAUGCAGCCUCAAAAUAGAGGAAUGUGUGAACACUGUGGGAAGCUUUGACUGUGUUUGUAGGAAAGGAUACGCUCGUGGCGAGAAUGGCACUUGUGAAGACAUUGAUGAGUGUGCCACUAAAAGUCAUCGCUGUGAGCACAAAUGUGAAAACACUGAGGGCUCGCACAACUGCAAGUGCCUGCUGGGAUACCGUCUUGACAAAGAUCGAAGUAGCUGUUUGCUGUCGGAGAAUCUGUGUGAAGGAGUUACUGACCUCAACUGUACUCAACUUUGCACUGUGGACAGAAAGAGCAACCAAGCCUACUGUUUGUGUAAUACUGGCUUUGACCUAGUUGGGAAUGAAACUUGUGUUGAUAUCAAUGAAUGUGAUGCAAAGUUCCCACAUCUCAACCUGUGUGAGUACAAGGCAGGAUGUGUCAACACUGAGGGAGGUUUCAAUUGUUCCUGUCCUACUGGCAGCUUCUUAGACAAUGAUGGCAGGUCUUGUGUGGUCUGUUCUGGAGGUCGAUGGGGAGAGAACUGUUCCAAGAACUGUGGCUGCGGUGACGGUGCCUCUUCUUGUGAUCCUGUACAAGGAUGUGUAUGCAAAGAUGGUUUCAAAGGAACCCAAUGUAGGGAGGACAUUGAUGAGUGUGCCACAGGUUUGCGCACUUGUCCAGACAAAGAGAAAUGUGUGAACACUGUGGGCAGUUCUAGAUGUGACUGUGAGGACGGACUGCGACGAAAUGCUGGACAGUGUGAAGACUUUGAAGAGUGUGCUUCUAACAAGGACAACAAUUGUGCCCAAAAGUGCGAGAACUUUGUUGGCGGUUACCAGUGCAGUUGUUUCUCAGGAUACAGCUUCAAUGCCAGCGAAAACACUUGUACAAAUAUCAACGAGUGUGAGUUGGGCUCGUUUCGCUGUGAGGGGGACUGUCAGGACACUGAGGGAGGCUACCGCUGCACUUGUCGUGAGGGACUCAAACUCAAUGCAGAUGGUGUUUCCUGCAGAGCGGCCGAAGCCUGUGACCCAAGCUCAAACCCCUGUGAGGAGAAGGACAAAUGUCGACUGGUGAACUCCCAGACUGUCUGCUCAUGCCCACGUGGGAAAACUCUCAACACCACUGACAACACCACUUGUAUUGAUGUUGACUUGUGUGCCGGAGAUCCCUGCUCAGAUACAUGUAAUGAGACUGCAGAUGGGAAAAAUUAUAUUUGCUUGUGUCCACCUGGAAGCAAACUAGCUUCUGAUGAAAUCAGUUGUGAAGAAUGUGUGAGGGGCACUUAUGGUUUGAACUGUGCUGAGUCCUGUAACUGCAGCUUGCUGAAUGCAGAUGACUGCAAUAAGGUGAAUGGCUCAUGCAGCUGUAAACAGGGCUGGACAGGAGCUACUUGUGAUGUAGAUGAGGAUGAGUGUGAUUCAGACCCAUGCCCAGACAAUGCAACGUGCCAGAACACACCAGGCAGCUUCGUUUGCUCCUGUAACCCAGGCUACUCAAAAUCUAACAACAAUUCCUGCACUGUUUGCAGUCCCGGCACUUACGGACAAGAAUGUAGACAUCAGUGCAACUGUUCUGGGGACAAUACCUUGUCCUGUGACCCACAAUUUGGCAUCUGUUCCUGCAAGAAGGGCUGGGAAGGUCUCUCUUGUCAUGUGGACAUAAAUGAGUGUGGGACGCCAGAUGACCAGUGCGCUGCUGCUAACAGGACACAAUGGAUAUGUGUCAAUGAUCCUGGUUCCUUUCACUGUGAGUGUGAGUCUGGCUUCAUUGAUGCGAGCAACGUUUGCAAUGACUUGAACGAGUGUGAGAGAGGGUCCAGCAAUCAGUGCCAGCAGAACUGUAACAACACAGAGGGAAGCUACACCUGCUACUGUGAUCCCGGCUACAAGCAGAACUUGCAGAAUCCCUUCUUGUGUGAUGAGUGUGCUGAAGGAACUUAUGGCCAGGAAUGUGCUCUUACUUGCAGCUGUAACCUGACCAACGUAGCUUCCUGCAACAAG